GUGAACUGCUUCCAGAGCGCAGGAAUCCGGUGGAUGUAAAUUUUGCCGAAAGUCAGGAAUUAUGUGGAUUUUACAGGUUUUUCCUCGUCGCUUUUUUAUUUGACUCCUGCUGAAAUUUGACAUUCGUGUCAGCGUACGCGGAACACGUCUCCUGUGGGGUAUUGAGCCGCCGGGACUGUCGAGCAGCGUGUUUUUUGGGGCGAAAAAGAAGAGGAAGGCGAGGGGAAAACUAGUGAAUUUCGAAAAACAUGGAGACAAGGAGGGGAAGGACCUGACCAGCUAAACUAACUAACAAACUAACUGACCAAAUGACUACAGAGGGAGUUUACAGCCGCGUGAAGAUAGAUAACCUACUAAAGAGAGGGGGGACGGAGUAUUUUUGGUCAGAUAUGUGUCGGACGGGUUUUGGGCUUUUUAAAUAAACAUGUCGUUAUUUUAGCUAACGCGACCGUUAGUCAGGAGCGAAGUCGUUCCGAGCAGAGCUCGAGCUCUAGUUGACAUCCAGGGGGUUGUAACGUUAGUUAACUAGUUAACUAACUAGCAUAGCUAAAGUUUUUUUUCCACUCAGUUCCAGUUCUUUUUUUCCUUGCUGUGGAAAAAAUAACUAGUUAAACAGGCAAAGUGAGGAAUUUGGGAAUUCUGUGGAAAAAAUUAAACUUACAAUGUAACGUUAGCUGGAACUUUCGAUUUGCUGGAUGUUUUGAAGCAGUUGUUGUGGUAGUUUUGCAGUUUUAACAGCUAGGUUACAAAGGAGAGAGGAGAAGAAUUAGCUCAACACAUUCUUUCUGAGAGAGGGGGGAAGUCCCAUGCCGUUUAAGCGACAGAGAAAGAGAGAGAGCGAGGGGCCUGACAAAUUCGACACAUUCGCCAAAUUAUUGUUUUGAGUAUAGCUAGUUCACUCAGAACGAAGUGGAGCGAUAGAUUAGUGCCAUAGCUGUAUAUUUUUGCACAGACACAGCCGCGAAGCAGUGGCUUCAACACGAGAAAGCAAACGUGUUGUUAUUAGUUCACCCAGUGGAGUCACAGAUAGAUAGGCAUUGUGGCUCAGUGUGGGAAUUCUCAGUUUAGAGGAGGGUCGCGGCUAGAAAGGCUGUGAGGUUAAAUAGUUCGUUAGUUAACACUAGUUACUAACGUUCAGGAAUAUAUUCAGACAGAAAGAGACCCAAAUUUGACAGAAAAAUACUUUGCCAGGUCUAGUUUUUUGUAGUGUCUUCAGAGGCUACAGUGGUUAGCCAGGGUUAGGAGAAGCCUGUCUGCCCUGUCCUGUUUCUGUCCUGGAAGUUGUGAGCUAGGUUAGCUUGCCUUGCUAGGCUAGCCAGCUAACCCAAAGUGGUGCCACACUCGUCUUGAAGGGAAACGGCAAAGCAAGACCAAACUAUGCGCCACAUUUACAGCACGCCUUUAACAUUAUUAAGGCGACUAACAGACACGAACAGGCACAUGUUUGCAUGACUAGGCUGGGCAGCUGCUCUUUCUUCUCCAUAGUGUGAGGACUACUGAAUGAAUGCCCACAACUUGUUUCUAUCUCCGUGUUCAAUGGGAAACAUCUAAUGACAUACUGCUACUACUAAAGCAAAGAACGCCUGACAAACUAGCUGGAUACUUUUUCUUUCCACGUUUCCCCCAAACGUACGCUCACGCACUGGCUGGAUUGUACUUCCCAUCAAACAUCUCAGUUUUCUCCGGACCCAAGUGUGUUUUACUUCGGUAAAAUGCUAGUUGGAUAAGAGCGGAAGAAACCCAAGACACAGAAGCCCAAUGAGCGGCUCACAGUCCACGAUAGUUGACAGGUUUCCCAAAAAACCAACCCGGUCAGUAAGUAUUCUCAGCAGGGACCACCCACCAGACAAGAAGCCCAAGAGUGACAAAGUGCCAACACCCCCCUCGCUUGAGUUUGACCCCACAGAGCUGCCUGUACAGAGUAUAGUGGCAGAGCGAAGGCCCGAGUCGUGUGGGCUUGUUCAGCGGUGUGUUAUCAUCCAGAAAGAUGAGAAUGGCUUUGGGCUGACAGUGAGCGGAGAUAACCCCGUGUUUGUACAGCUCGUCAAAGAAGAUGGAGCUGCUAUGCGAGCUGGUGUUCAGACGGGUGAUAGAAUUAUUAAGGUCAACGGGACAUUAGUAACACAUUCAAACCAUGUAGAAGUUGUGAAGUUAAUAAAAUCGGGCUCAUAUGUAGCUCUGACAGUGUUGGGUAGGCCCCCUGGGAUGCCCCAGAUCCCCUUGUCGGAGGGUGAUGGUGAGGGGGACCCCACGUCUACUCUGAGCUCCCCUCAUUCCCCUGGACUCCCCACCACCACAGAGCGCUCCUCUUCUUCCUCCAACACCAGUCCCUCCGACCGCAUAACAUCACCACUUCCUGUAUGGGAGGAGAACAGUGCAGUUCACUGUCAGAAGGUGGACAUCUUGCAGAAGAUGUUGACCAAGGAGCAGCAAGAGUUACAGGCUAUGAAGGAGGAGUACAGCAGGAACCCUACACCUAAACUACUGAAGGAAAUCCAGGAAGCAAAGAAGCACAUUCCAUUACUCCAAGACCAACUCAGCAAGGCCACAGGGGCUGGACAGGAUGGCUCCCUUUCUCCAAGGCCUGGUGAAACAGAAGUGGAGGAAGGAGGAGACGUGGAUUCUCCUCUACCCUGGCAGUCUGACUCGGUCACAGAAACAUCUUGGAGCAACAAUACAACACCGGUCACCCUAAAUCCUGUCCCUGAAAGCCCAUACCAAAGAGACACUCCAUGCCAGAGCCCAAAGACUCCCAGAGACAGCCUCACCUCCUGCCCGUCUCCUGACGCUGAAGACACGCCCGAUAUGGACAUCAACUCCCAUGGCAACAUGAGCAGUCCCUUAUCCCGCCUAGCACCACAGAUCAUCGGUGCUGAGGAUGAUGACUUUGACACUGAGCAAGAGCAGAUGAAUGGCCAAUGUAGCUGUUUUCAGACCAUAGAGCUGUUAAAGUCUCGGCCUGCUCACCUCGCAGCCUUCCUGCAUCAUGUGGUCUCUCAGUUUGACCCUGCACCACUGCUUUGCUACCUCUACGCCGAGCUCUACAAGCAGAGCAACUCCAAAGACACACGGCGGUUGUUCACAGAAAUCCACACCGCUUUCAUGGACAGAACAGCGCACCUGAAAGUACCGUUGACUGACGCUAUCUCGGCUGAUCUAGAUCGGAGGAAGCCUGAUCUGAUCCCUGAAGACGUGCAAAGACAGUAUGUGCAGCAGUUACAAGACACGCUUCUUCCUGACAUUCAGAAACAUCUAGAAGACUUCAGGCAAAAGCGCAGUAUGGGCCUAACUCUGGCCGAAGCAGAGCUGACCCGGUUGGACACUGAGAGAGUGAGAGACCGUGUGGCUAUGGAGAGAGAGAGAUCACGUGCAGAGCACAUCAUCAACAAGAUUGAUGAAGUCCUGAUGUCGUCACCGGCCGCAGAGGAGGAGAAGUGUAACACCAUACAAUGUGUUAUCCAGUUGUAUAUGAAGCACCUUGGAGUAAAAGUGAAGGAUUCUCGGGGGCUCGAGUCCAAACCUAAACGCAUGAACUUGUUCCCCAAAAUCAAGAAGACCAUAAAACCGGAGAAGGAGGGAGGUGUGGAGGAGAAAGUAAAAAAGACUCGCUUUCCCAGCAUUCUAGUCCCACCUAGAAGACCCAGCAAAAUUGAUGCUACACCAGUCACUAAAGCUUUGGAGCAGGUUAAGCCUCGGCCACAGAAGCAGCCAUCACAGCCUUCCCUGGUUUCAGCAGAGCAGGUUGACUCCUCUUCAGGGCGAGUGCGGAGCAGUCAGUCCAGCGACGGCGCGGACAACAACAUAGGCGUUAUCACCUCUCCUCCUUACAGUGCUCCUGCAACGCAGGGCCCCGACAGCUGCUUCAGAGACACUGACACAGGUGGAACUCCAUUCUCAGCAUUCCCACGGCUUGGAGAUGGCGUUUUACCUGGAGAAGGUCAGGACGCCUCAUCCUCAGGACCAAUUUUUGACUUCAGUGUCGGCGCCCUGGACCACCUCCAGGAGGAAGAGCCUGAAACAGACAGGAAUCAGGAAGGAGGUACGCCCCGGCCAGUGAGGAUGGACCCACUGAGCUUAGGAGAGGUGCAGAGUGAAGAUGAUCAGGGGGCUGAGGUCGAGCCGGAGCAGGACCCUCCUCACUGGCAGACACUUGUCAGCAGAGAAGUCCUCGCUCUACUGACUCCACAGGAGAUCAAGAGACAGCAGGUCAUUAACGAGUUGUUCUACACUGAGCGUGCACACCUGAGGAUGCUGAAGGUGUUGGAUAAUGUUUUCUACCAGAGGAUGACAAGAGAGACCAUCCUGCCCCCUGCGGACAUUAAAAACAUCUUCACCAACCUGGAGGAGAUUGUCCAGAUGCAUGUGUCCAUAAUGGAGCAGAUGACCGCUAUUAGGAAGAAGAACGAGACAGCAGUCGUAGACAUUAUUGGAGAUGAUCUGUUGUCCUGGUUCAGUGGAGCAGAAGAAGAGAAGAUCAAGCAUGCUGUGGGAACGUUCUGCAGUAACCAGCCCUUCGCCCUGGAGCUCAUAAAGAGCAGGCAGAAGAAGGACCAGCGCUUUGCCUCCUUUGUGCAGGAUGCAGAAAGUAAUCGGCAGUGCCGAAGACUUCAGCUCAAAGACAUGAUCCCUGUGGAGAUGCAGAGACUCACCAAAUACCCCCUCCUACUUGAGAGUAUUGCCAAAUACACUGAUGAUGCUGAGGAAAAGAGCAAGGUAAAACGUGCUGGCGAAUGCUGCCGAAAUAUUCUUAACCACGUCAACCAGGAAGUAAAGGAGGCUGAGAACAAGCAGAGGUUAGAGGACUACCAGAGAAGACUCGACCUCUCCUCAUUGAAGCAAAGUGAACAUCCCAUGAUAGCUGAGUUUAAGAAUCUUGACUUGACCAAACGGAAAAUGGUGCACGAGGGACCGCUCUCUUGGAAGGUGAACAAAGACAAGACAAUUGAGUUGUACACACUCUUGCUGGAGGAUAUCUUGGUGCUAAUGCAGAGGCAGGAUGAGAAGCUAAUCUUGAAGUGCCACAGUAAGAAUCUGGCGGGCACAGCCGAGACCAAACAUAUAUUCAGCCCCAUCAUCAAGCUCAGCACUGUGAUGGUGCGCUCUGUAGCUACUGACAACAAGUCAUUCUUUGUGCUGUCAAUGUCGGACAAUGGAGCGCAAAUCUAUGAGCUGAUGGCCCAGACUGUGUCUGAGCAGAGAACGUGGCAAUGUCUCAUCACCCAGAGAGCAGACAGUAUGAAGGGCAAGCAGCCGAAUGUCAUUCCUUUACCUCAGACUGAUGGUGUCCGUGACGCUGUCGAGAUGAUCAACUCAAGUGUGCCGAAAAUGAACAAAGACCAAGACCGUCUCUCCACUGGAAGUAACCAGUCUCCAGAAAAAGACACCACCUCUUGCACUGAGAUUAUGCCAGGCUCUUCAGCAGGAACCAACCCAUUCGAGACCAAGUCUGAGGAUGAGGGAGAAGUAGAGAGUUUACUUCCGGUUCAGGAUGAAGAGGAGGUGGAGGCAGAGGAGGUGGAUGAGGAAGAGGUGGAGGCGUUCCUGGAUUCUGACCUGGCCUACAAACUUCCUUUCUUAAAGCAGGGAUCACGGCAGGCCAUCGCUAUAGAAGAGAAGGACUCUGAGGUCUUUGACAUGCCUCCACUGAUGGCAGAUGAAGCACUCCGAAACUUGGCUGCUCUGAGGCAGCUCCUGAUAAAUCACAUGGCCAGUCAGGAGGAGGUGGAUAAGGGAGAGCGAGGGGAGACUCGAGCACAUGAGCUAAGGAUGGGCUCUCUGCAGGGAGCAGCAGACACCGCUGCCCCCAGUGGCUCUGUAGAGAACGGCGCAGAGAAGACGGAGAUGAUGCAGGCCAAGCCAGAGAAUGCUCAGGAGCUGCCCUCUGGAGAUACAGGCUUCUUCGAGACUUCAGAGGAAUAUGCAGGCAGUUACAUGGUGCUGGAGGGUUACGGUGGCUCUGGUGAGAGCAGUACUGAUGAUGAUGUUCAGGGCAGCAGUAUUGAGCCGACAGCAGCAGGAGACUCUGGCAUUGACCUGAAGAAGCUCCUCUCCUCGUCCUCCUCACAGAGCGGAGGACCCAACCUCAGCAGACAGGUCAUGACCCACUUACGCCUGCUCCAGGCCAACCUGCAGCAACUAAAGGAUGUAGAAAGUAAAUAUAACCAACUAUGCCAAAAGCAAACAGAGGAAGCAGCUACUGACUCAGAAGAGAACAAAGAUAAAAGCUAGUGUUUCCACUGCUGUGGACUUCAUGCUGGAAUUGCAGCAGAUGCAGAGAUUUUGGGAAAAUGCUGUGGUCUUUAUACUCCAAGCUCAACAUGCAUGAAUAUUAAAGCAUAUCGGACGUCAUACACAGGCGUUGAUCAGCCCUCCCUCUUAUACCCAGCCUACAAACACCCACACACUCCAGCUAAUCGCUAAAAACAUUUUCCAAGCACCUUUGGGACAGGGAGGAAAAAAAUAUGAUGAUGAUUGAUGAAGAUGAUUAUAAAUGAGGACAUGAAGAUAUUCCUUGACCACUGCAUCUGCCAGCUGCGUACUGGAGCUGUGACUAUUGAACAUUCCACUUCCUGUCUGCAUGAACAGUCCACCUUUUUGAAAUUCUCUCCUAUGAACUCAGAACGCAAUGCCUCCUAUGGGUCAGCGGUUUGGACAGAAACAAAAGGAAGACAGGAUAAUGGCAGGAGAUCACUGAGGAUAAACUACAGCCUAGCCUGGAACUUCCCACUUUUACCUACUGAGAUAUUUCACUUGAGGGUAGAUGAUAUACGACAUGACAGCCACCCCCCCCCCCCCCCCUCCCCAAACAAAACAAACAAACAAACAUCUAAUUGCGUGAAGAUUAUGACUGGAUGAGAUGAGGUUUGAUAUUAAAGCCAAUAAAGAUACCAGGUGUAGUUUUAUGAGGUAUUUUAGGCCUUAGCUAAGCCUUAGGCCUCAUUUAUAAAAAAAAAAAAACAAAAAAAAAAAGGACAAAAUCUAAUGCAUGAACUGUCCUUCAUAAGGACUGCCUAAUACCACAGCCUACUAGUUCAUUCCUUAUUGUAUAUGGAUAUGGGUAUGAAUGUUAACGUGUGGUUAAGGAGAACAGUAAUGCGUUACUGACACUCAAAUUAGCAUUAGGUCUAAAUGAGGACUUUAUCCAGAAGUUGACUGUAAAGCACCAUAUAUUAAGUUAGUCAAUUGAUGAAAUUGAUGAGGGCAGAGCAGCUAAUUCCUUUAACCAGAUAUGCUAGCAUGGCUAACAAUGAAUGGAAGCUGUGUAUUCACUUUCAUUCACUGUAAGCAACUUUUAGCACUUCUGACUGAACUGUUACAUAAAGAAGCAUUGAGCUUCUCUGAGGAAAGGGUAGAAAGCGGAAUCAUUUCCACGGUGUUGUAUAUCGUACUGCUGUUACAGCGUAAACAUCAGUAUGAAAGCUGUUACAUUUUGCAUUUUGGAGCACAUCACCUUGAAGAUCUCUGAAGGGACAUAUCUAUCUCCUCUCAACCAACCAGAAGCCUAAGUUUAAGCUUUUAAAACUGUAUUUAUCAUUGUCUACCACAUUCUUUUGAAUGAAGCUACUGAAAAACCUCUAUGGCAUAUUAGCAAUGACCAAGAGAAACCAAGACUCAUCAUUGUGGGUUGAGGCGCUACAUACUGCUAUUGUACAAGCCAACUCAACCCAACCUGAAGUCUUAUCGGAUUAUGACAUGGAUAUUUUUUCUGGAAUUUGGGAAUGAAGUUAUAUGAAGAGGAAAAGCUUCAGAAAAAAAUGCACAGACUUAACAGACCAUGAAAGGUCUUAUUUUUAAGUGUAAAAUUGUAUAAUUAUGACCAACACUGCAUCUCUUAGAGACCUAAUUCCUUGUUUGUGUUUUUCCCCCUUCUGCUUUCUACAUCAUACGAGUCAUUGUAUUAUUUUAACAGAAACUACUAAAAAAAAAAAAAAACAAAGGAAGAAAAAAAAAAUAAACGACUGCAAGGUAUCCUUAAAUAUUAAUGUAAUCUGUAUUUUUAUUUUGUCUAGACAUUCAUGAGGUAUUAUAUUUUAUUAUAUUAUUGAGCACUAUUAAUAUGGUCUUCUCAGCUUUCUGGAAAUAUGAAUAGCUCUAAUAGAUUCUAUUAAAUUUGACUGAACUGAUAUUGUUCAAAAAUGGAAAGAAAUCUUGCACACUGUCUUCAUUUGAUCACAUUAUUUCAGAAAAGUAUGGAUAUGCAGAGAUGUUACAUGGGGUUUAUCAGUAAAAGAUCAACACCAGAACCACUUUAUAUGUUGCAAAUUUAUUCAAUAAACUGGAAACACACAGUGAA